AUUUUGAACGCAGAGCAGAGAAAAGAACAGACAAUGUUUUGUUUGUCAUUUACCUAGCUUGCUUGCGUUAUUUAAACGAAGUUAUUUUGUGAAUAGUUUUGUAGUUUAGUUUUCUUUCCAUUUCAUUAUCUUUAUAUAAAAUGUCUACAAUAAAAGAUAUAGCAGAUGUUGAUCUUUAUGCCGUUCUAGGUUUACAGAUCACAGCUACAGAAUCAGACAUAAAGAAAGCUUACCGCAAGAAAGCAUUGCAAUGCCAUCCUGAUAAAAACCCAGAUGAUCCCAAAGCUGCAGAAACAUUUCAUGAGUUAUCCCGAGCUCUAGAAAUUUUAACAGAUGUUUCAGCUAGAUCAGCAUAUGAUAAAGUCCUUAGAGCUAAAGAAGCAGCGAAAAUUAGGCAUCAAGAAUUAGAUAGUAAAAGACAAAAGUUAAAAGAAGAUUUAGAAAGGCGGGAAAGGGAAGCAACUACAGGGCAGAAGGUCAACUUAACAGAUGAACAAAAGCUAGCUGCUGAAAUCCAACGUUUGCAAAAAGAAGGUAGUCAACUUCUUCAAGAAGAGCAACAAAAAGUGAAGGAUGAAAUUCAAAGAAGGUUGGGAAAGCUAUCUCAACCUGUUUGGGACUCUAGUCUGAAUAGAAUAAAAAUCAAAUGGAAAGUUGAUAAAAGUGAUAAAAACAAUGGUGGUUAUGAUGAGCAGCUGUUGAGGAAAUUUCUUAAAAAAUAUGGUGAUAUUGUAGCUCUUAUAAUAUCCCCUAAAAAAAAUGGUAGUGCCUUGGUGGAAUUUGCAUCAAAAGAAGCCUCUGAAAUGGCUGUGGAGCUGGAAAAAGGUUUGGCAGAUAACCCUUUAAGUUUGAAGUGGCUUAAUGGAAAACCUGUGUUGACUACAAAAAGAGAUGUGGGAGGACCAUCAUUAGUUUCCGAUAGAGAUUAUGAAUCCUUAGUACUAACAAAAAUGCGCCAAGCAGCAGAAAGGCAAAGAAUAAUAGAGGAAAUGUUAAAAGAAGACAAAGAGCAAUGAUACUAUUCAUAGAAAUAAGAAUAAUUA